CAGCCCAGAAACGUGCAGCCUUUUAGUGAUGAAGAUGCUUCAAUUGAAACUAUGAGCCACUGCAGUGGCUUCAGUGAUCCUGCAAGCUUCACUGAGGAUGGGCCUGAAGUUGAUGAAGAAGCCACUCAAGAAGACUUGGAAUACAAAUUGAAGGGAUUUAUUGAUCUUACAUUGGACAAGAGUGCAAAGACAAGACAAGCAGCUCUUGAAAGUCUGAAAAGUGCUUUUUCUUCUAAAAUUCUGUAUGAAUUUGUCAUGGAAAGGAGAAUGACACUAACUGAUAGCAUUGAACGCUGCAUAAAGAAAGGUAAGAGCGAUGAGCAGUGUGCAGCUGCCGGACUGGCAUGUCUUCUGUGUGUGCAGAUGGGGUCAGGAAUUGAAAGUGAAGAGAUUUUUAAGACCCUUGGUCCAGUUCUGAAGAAGAUUGUCUGUGAUGGAACAGCCAGUAUCCAAGCCAGACAGGCUUGCGCAACCUGCUUAGGGAUUUGCUGUUUCAUUGUCACUGAUGACAUUACGGAACUGUACUCUACUAUGGAAUGCCUGGAAAACAUCUUCACAAAGGCCUAUCAGCGGGACAGAGACACUAACAGUGUAUCAAGUACCCAUAAUACUGUGCUCCACAUCAGUGCUCUUUUAGCAUGGACACUGCUGUUGACCAUUUGUCCAAUGAAUGAAGUGAAGAAGAAAAUUGAGAUGCACUUGCAUAAACUUCCAAGUCUGCUGUCUUGUGAUGAUCUCAACAUGAGAAUAGCUGCCGGAGAAACACUGGCCCUUCUGUUUGAACUGGCACGCGAAACAGAUGCUGAUUUCUUUUAUGAAGACAUGGAACUUCUAACAGAGAAACUAAGAGCUCUGGCUACUGAUGGAAACAAGCACCGAGCCAAAGUAGAUAAAAGAAAGCAGCGAUCCGUCUUCAGAGAUGUUCUAAGAGCUGUUGAGGAGCGUGACUUUCCUACAGAGAUGGUUAAGUUUGGACCUGAGCGCAUGUAUAUUGACUGCUGGGUUAAAAAACAAACUUAUGAUACCUUCAAGGAGAUUCUGGGGUCGGGAAUGCAAUAUCAUUUGCAGUCAAAUGACUUUCUUCGGAACGUGUUUGAGCUUGGUCCACCAGUAAUGCUGGAUGCUGCAACUCUUAAAACAAUGAAGAUAUCCCGUUUUGAAAGGCACUUGUACAACUCUGCAGCAUUCAAGGCUCGGACGAAGGCUAGAAGUAAAUGCCGUGAUAAAAGAGCAGAUGUGGGGGAGUUUUUCUAGAUCUCCUUUUCCAUGGGGUUCAAUUUUAAAUAUUUCAUAAUUAAAAUAGAUUUGUAACCUUU